AAAGAGUGAGUGCUUUGGAGGGAGGGAGCUAAGCUAUAGCCAUGGGGAGACCACCAUGCUGUGAUAAGGUUGGCAUCAAGAAAGGUCCAUGGACCCCUGAAGAAGACAUCAUUUUGGUCACUUACAUCCAAGAACAUGGUCCUGGAAACUGGAGAUCAGUUCCUACAAACACAGGUUUGUUAAGGUGCAGCAAGAGUUGCAGACUGAGAUGGACUAAUUAUCUAAGGCCGGGUAUCAAAAGAGGCAACUUCACUCCACAUGAAGAAGGGAUGAUAGUUCAUCUCCAAGCAUUGUGGGGUAACAAAUGGGCUGCAAUCGCAUCAUAUCUUCCACAACGAACAGAUAACGAUAUCAAGAAUUACUGGAACACACAUUUGAAGAAGAAGAUCAAGAAGUUGCAAUCAGCAUUCGAUUCACAGAUGGCGCCAAGUGAUUCAACUACAUACCCUCCUUUGUCAAUAUCAACAGCAGGCAAAAGCCACCAGAACAUGCCAAGCGCAAAAAACGCUCACCAUUAUCCCAACAUUUACGCUUCAAGCACUCAAAAUAUUUCAAGACUGUUAGAAGGAUGGAUGAUAUCAUCAACUCCACAGAAGAAACUUGCUGAUCAAGAAACAAACAAAGAGUGUCUGAACGGUCUUGUGGAAGGUGUUGACUUCGAAUUCGAGUCUGUCCUUGCUUUUGAUAACGGAUGCUGGGACAAGAUGAUGAAGAGUGGGGAUUAUUAUCCAAAAGGUGGGUAUGGCAACAAUGAUAAGGCUGCAUGCAUUUUGCAUGAAAGAAAGCUUCAGAAACAAGAAAGCCUGAACAAUGCCUCUUUGACUUUCUUUGAUAGAUGGCUACUGGAUGAAUCUGCAAGUCAACUAGAUGGAGCCAUAGAACAGCAAGUAAACUAACCAUUCUAGCUAUGGAUUUGUUUCUUUCCUUUUUCCAAUUCUUCUAUCCAACUGUAACUCUAUUUUAAGUGGUAGAAUAACAUUCUACCUUAAUAAAAUCCUUAACUUGAAUUCUUAGUAA